CGGAAGUAAACAUAAAGGAGAAGAUUUAACGCUGCGUCACAAACUUCAGUCUGAGAGUCUGAGAGUCUGAAAGGAGCUAAAACUACAAACUAUAAACUAUAAACUAUUAACUAACCCAGAGCGGCUUCCAGCUGUCUGACUGUCCGGUGUUUGGUGCUCUGAGAGCGGAUACCAGCUGUCCUUUAGACCCGGUUCCUCUCCGGUUCCUCCCGUUCCUCUCCGGUUCCUCUCCGGUUCCAGGAUGGCGGUCACGGUGAAAGCCUACCUGCUGGGUAAAGAUGAAGUAGUGAAGGAGAUCCGCAGGUUCGCGGUGGAUCAAGAUGUUUCCUCCAGCUUUGAAUAUCUGAGCAAGAAAACUUUAUCAGUGUUCAGCAACCUGCAGACCUGCACCAUGUUCUACAGAGAUGAAGAUGGGGACCUGGUGGCCUUCUCCUCUGAUGAUGAGCUGAUGAUGGGUCUGACUUGUAUGAAAGACGAUACGUUCCGCCUCUUCAUCAAAGAGAGGAAGGAGCACCGUCGGGACUUUCCUCUUCACGCCUUUCCCCCCUUCUCCUUCACCCCCCCCCCUCCCCCUGGAGCUCCUCAUGCCCCGCCCCCUCACCUAGCCCCGCCCCCCACCCUCCAUCCCAACGUGACCUGUGACGGCUGCGAGGGCGCCGUGGUGGGGACCCGCUUCAAAUGUUCAGUGUGUCCUGACUACGACCUUUGCUCCUCCUGCCAGGCCAAGGGGACGCACACUGAGCACGCUCUGUUGCCCAUCUGGCACCCGCUGCAGCAGUGGUUUCCUCGGGGGAAAUGGAUGAAGAGGAUGAGACACUGCAUGUGGAACCAGAACCAGAACCAGGCUCAGAACCAGGACCAGGCUCAGAACCAGGACCAGGCUCAGGACCAGGACCAGGAGCGGCCCACUGCUGCCUCCCAGGCCAAUGUGGACUUCCUGAAGAACAUCGGCGAGGGCGUGGCGGCCAUGUUGAGCCCGCUGGGUAUCGACGUGGACAUCGAUGUGGAGCACGAAGGUCAGAGAACCAAGGUGACCCCCCCACCUCAGAGCGAGGGGCCCGAGAGUGCCAUGGAAACGGGGGGAGCCACUCGUGAGGAUGGGGCCAGCCGUGAGGGCGGCGCCAAAUGUGAGGGCGGGGCCAAAUGUGAGGGCGGGGCCAAAUGUGAGGGCGGGGCCAAUGAGGGGGCAAAGGUGAGCAGAGACUCUGAUGAGGAGUGGACUCACCUGAGCUCCAAAGAGGUGGACCCGUCUACAGGAGAGCUGCAGUCCCUGCUGAACCAGGACCGGGACCUGAACCAAGACCGGGACCUGAACCAAGACCCUCCAGACCAGCAGGGUCCUCCAGACCAGCAGGGUCCUCCAGACCAGCAGGGUCCUUCAGGCCAGCAGGGUCCUUCAGGCCUAAGAGAGGCGGCUCUGUAUCCUCACCUGCCUCAAGAGGCCGACCCCCAGCUGGUGGAGUCCCUGUCCCACAUGCUGUCCAUGGGCUUCACAGAUGAAGGCGGUUGGCUGACUCGACUCCUUCAGGCCAAAAACUUUGACAUCGGCGCCGCGCUCGACGCCAUCCAGUACGCCAAGCAGCCCCGCCCACACCUGCCCUGAUGAUGUCACCAGCCCUGAUGAUGUCACCAGCCCUGAUGAUGUCACCAGCCCUGAUGACGUCACCAGCCCUGAUGAUGUCACCAGCCCUGAUGAUGUCACCUGCCCUGAUGAUGUCACCAGCCCUGAUGACGUCACCUGCCCUGAUGAUGUCACCAGCCCUGAUGAUGUCACCUGCCCUGAUGAUGUCACCAGCCCUGAUGAUGUCACCAGCCCUGAUGACGUCACCUGCCCUGAUGAUGUCACCAGCCCUGAUGACGUCACCUGCCCUGAUGAUGUCACCAGCCCUGAUGACGUCACCUGCCCUGAUGAUGUCAUUGCUGACGAGGAGGCGGGGCUUAUCACUCAUCAUUUAUACUGAACCAAUGAAAUCGCGUUUAUUCUUUAAGUCACUGAUCAAUAAGUGCUCAUUGAUUACUGUUUCUGAUGCUUUAUUAUCAAUGUUAACGACUUUGAAUCUGAUCAAUAAAAAACAUUAAAUGAA